AUGAAAUUCAAUUACACCAAGGCAAAACUUCCAAACCGUUCUCGCUUGCAAAUAGUGGGCUGUUGUAAUGGUUUGCUUUGUUUGUAUGAUUUAGAUUCCACAAAAAGUUUGUAUGUUGUCAAUCCUAUGACUGGUGAUUACGUUCAUUCUCCUCCGAAACUCAAGAUGGAAAGACGACAUGUCACAAAGGUUGGGGCGGUUCAAGGGUUUGGUUUUGGUCCAGUAACCAAUCAAUACAAGGUGAUAAGAGUUAUUAAGAAGAAGGUGUCUCAUCCUAAUGAACACUAUGAGUCAUUGGGCGAAAUUUUCACUCCUGGAACUAACAGGUGGAGGAGAAUAGGGAAACCCCCAUUCCCGGCUAAUAAGGAAUUCUAUGGCGUUCCGCUCAAUGGUGCUAUUCACUGGAUUGCCAAUGAUGAGAUCCCUAACUCAAAAUUAAUAUGUGCUUUUGACAUUGAUAGUGAAAAACUAAGGCCAAUUUCGCUGCCUCCUGACUUUGACAAAAACCCGGAAGGGAUGAUGCUGGGGAUUUUUGGGAGUUUUCUCUAUAUAUGUAACAUUUAUUCUGAUCUCAAUCUUGAUAUCUGGGUGAUGAAGAUAUAUGGAGUAGAGGAGUCAUGGACUAAGCAAGUUGUAAUCGCUAGAAACUCACUUGAGCCAGAUUUUCGUGAAAUUAGACCGAUGAUGAUUUUGAAGGAUGGAAACGUUUUGAUCUUACGUGAUGACAAGAAUUUGGAGUUGUAUGAUCCAAGAUUGAAGAAAUUUGGCAAAAUCGAGAUAAAAGGAAUUUCGUCCAUCUGGGAUGCUGUCACUUAUGUUGCAAGCUAUGGUUCACUAAGGGACAUUGUGAAGAGAGAAUGUGUUAGGGAUCUAUAUGUCAAGUCAAAGUGA